UUGUCUGCUUAUUGAAGUUUGGGUGUGUUGAUCGGCAAUAUCUCUUCUUUCUCUCUAUUUUACCCCUUUUGUUUAAUGAGCAUUUGGAAGCAAAUGUUCUUUUUUCAAAUCUUUUUUAGAUCUUCCUAUAUUUAUUUCCAACCGUUUUAAAAGUAGAAGAAAAAAAAAGAUUUGGACUUUUCUUUUAUCUCUUUUUUAGCACAGCUGCAACAGAAAAAGAAAAGUCUUGCUUGAAUCGAUUCCCUCCCUUUUAUAUAUUAUUUUUAUAUCAUCUACCUAUAUUUUUCUUCUGCCAACCUUUUUCUUUUGAUUUUCUCUUUUUCUUCUCCUUUGUGCCGAUCAUUAAAAAAAUUAAAACUGGCGACAUCAUGUCCAAACCUCCCAGCCGGGACCGGGAAAUGUACUUACCCGGUAGCACGGCAUCUUUACCAAAGAAGAAAACGGGUCAAAGUUCUUCAUCUUCUACCCUUCCUUUGCCUCCUGGAGCUAUUUCUCCAGAGCAACAAUUUUAUUAUCUUCGUCUUAUGGCCAAACCUGGGCAAAGACCUCCAGAACCUAUAAAAAUAAAAUUUCCGCGUUGGCCAAAUGUUGAGGGUAGUGGUCAACAACCUUCAUCCUCCAGAAUUGUUGAGGAGCAUUUAGAGGAUCAAGCGAUGGCCGUUGUUCGAACAGUGGGACAAGCAUUUGAGUUGUGCAACCGUCUAAGUCAAGAACAAAACAAAGAAAGGCAACUUUUGGAAGAAGAAAGGGCAAUGGAUUCAGCUUUUGCUGCUGCUAGUUCAAGCUCUCUAAGAAAAAAGAACAGUAUUGGAACUGAAAGUGAUGAACAACAACAACCUUUAGAAAGGAGAAUGACCACAAAAGAAUCUCCAUCUCAUAAUUCUCCUAGAAGUGGACAACAAAAAAGGCAGUCGAUUUUUGUCCCAAAACGAAUGACUGUUGAAGAAGAAGACGAGGAGGAUGAUGGAAAUGAAGAGGACGAUGAAAGGGAAGGUUCUGAAUCGACUACAGACAAUUUGGACAUCCCUGGACCUUCAACAUCUUCAUCAGCCCCGAGGCAGUCAAUUAUUUAUGAAAGAAGUUCGCCUGUUAAAGCUGUUGUAGAUUAUAGUCAAGUGCCUCCCAAUGUUAUUCCUGCUAAUGUUGCUGCUGUUAUUAACAGUGGUGCAGCGAGGCAUAGCGGAGCCUCUUCAUCUCCUUCAUUGGCAUUCCACGCGACUGCUAUCCCUCAACAACAACAGCAACUUUCAAAUUCAACUAAUCCUCUUCAAACUGCUGCUACAUCAACUUAUCCUCUUCCUCAACAACUUCCUUCAAAUUUGUGGAACAUUCCAAUGCAGCAAUUAAAUCCUGCCCUUUUUCAAAAUCCAGCCACCAACAUUCCUCUUCCUCAACAAACUUUUCAAACCGUCCCAUCAACUUCAACACAAUUUUUGGGAGGUCAACAACAACAACUUCCUUCUCUUUAUUCAAUGAUUUCCCCAACAACAGUAUCUAUUCAUUCUCCUCUCCUUCUCAGUCCUUACGCAACUCUACAAAUUCCUGCACCAGCAACAGCUUCUCUUCCAAGCACAUCAUCAGAUGUUGCAGCUAAUACAAACCUUUUAAUUAAUGACUUAUCUUCACCAACUGAAGCUCAAAGACAAUUAAUUAGAGCCCAAUUAGAACAAGCACAACAACAGGCACAAGUUGCUGCUUGUCAAGUUCAGUUACUUCGAGAUCAGUUAAAUUCUGAAACAACUGCUAGACUUGAAGCACAAUCAAAAACACAUCAAUUAUUAAAUUCUAAUAGAGAGUUAUUAGAGCAAGUUCAAAAUUUGGUUAAUCGUCUUCAACUUGUUGAAAAUAGAAUGACUGAAGGUUUAACGAGUAAUCGAUUGGCAAAUGAUGUUCGACAUAUCGAAAAAAGUGUUGCUGAACAACAGCAAAGUCCUCAACUUAGGCCUCCACAACUGCUUCAACCUGAAUUGAGUGAAAUACAAUUAAAAGAACAACAACAAAAUUUGACAGAAUUAAAGCCUAUCCAAUUAAAAAAACUUUUACCUAGAAGAACAAAUUCUGUUCAUGGUGAAGAGCCUACAACAACAAGUUUAGCAUUUCAUGAAGAUAAUCCACCACAAAAAGAGGGAGGAAGGAGAAAACAACAACAGCAACAUCGAACAACUUUUGUUAGUGGAACAACCUUGGAUUCAGCGGAAACUGAUUCUGAUGAAGAUGAUUCUGCUAUUGAUAAACAUUCAUCAUCAAAAGAAGCGGUAGCCCCAACAACAACAACAAACCCUUCAACAACUUCCUCUUCUUCCCUUUUAAAACGUUUAGUUCCUUCAAUGCCCGGUUCAUCAGUAUUAGCAUUAGGAAUGCCUCUAUUAGGAAUGCCGUUACAACAAAUGGCAAAAAAUUAUUCUUCACAGCAACAUUCUGGAAGUCCUCCAUAUCAACAACAACAAAAACAACAAAGAAAAAAUAGUUAUAGUCAACCACCGGGAGGAGGAGGCACAACAACAAAUUUAAGGCCUAUAACAAUACCUAAUGAUGGUAAAAAGAAUUUAAGACGGUUCUCUCUUCAAGCAUCAGAAUUUGAUCCGAGUGAAUUAUUGCAUCAUAAACAACAUAAAAAAGGGCCUGUUUCAAAAGGAAUUUUUGAUAAAAAAAUGGAAUUUAAAAGAAUGUCUUUCAACACAAACCCAAACAAAAAAUCUUCUGAAGAUAAAAGUUUAAUUAGUGUUCCUGACAAGGAUUGUGAAAGCAUCUGUGCUGACACUACACUUUCUGAUUUACUUCCUCCAAGUGAAAGGAGAAAUUCUCGUUCUUCACCAGAUAAAAAAACUGUUUCGCCUGGAUCACAAAGGAGAAGAAGUUCGGCAAGUUUGCAUAGUAAUACAACUGCUACAUUUGGGAAGAAAUGAUUGAAAGGAAAAAUUUUUUCUUUUAAAAUGCUCAAAAAAUUAUUUUUUGUUAAAUUUUUGUGGUGAUGAUACUCUUCUCUUUUUCUCUCUCUCUCAAAAAAAUAUAUAUUUUUUUAUUGCCUUAAUUCUCAUAAUUUUUUCUUUGGUUUAAAAACACAAAAUUAAAACUCACUUUUUUUGCUCAAAAAAAAUUUUUUUAUUUUUAUAUUUGUUGAUUGUAUUUUUGAUAAAUCAUUUUAUAUAUUUUGUGUUUACUUUGUUUUAAUCGGUUUAAAUUAUCCUGUAUAUUUUUUUUCUAUAAUUUUUUAACAAAUGAGGAGUGAGGUUUUAAGUAUUUCUUUGUUAAAUUUUGUUGAAUUUAAGUACGAAGAUUAGAAAAUCUGCUUGUAUAUGUUUCAUGGUUGAGUGGGUUACGUGUCAAAUUAACAGCGUUAAAGGUUGAAGGUUCGAGUCCAGAUGAGGUUGUCUUUUUUUAUUUAUUUUUAAAUUUUUAUUGUUUCAUUUUUCUUGUGGGGGUAAAGGCUCCAGAUUUUCAGAUAAUUUUUUUAUCUAAUCUCCUUUUUUGUCUAGAACGUUAAAAACGUUUAAAAAAUCCCCUCUUCAGUUUAACUUUAUUCCUUUUCAAACUAUUUUCGAUUUUCAUUCCCAAAGGACCGGGUCAUCUAAAAAAGACUUCUUUUUUAGCCCUUACCCCUAAACAAAAAGAAUGAGAGCUUUUCUCAUUUCCCAGCCGAUAUAGAGUUAAAUUUAUUUUUAACGUUAAAGAAGAAAUAGUGUAUAAAAAUGAGAGAGAGGUUAGAGAAAAGUUGUGUGUUAGAGUAAUGCUUUUACUAUAAAAAGAAUUGAAAGCAACAACAAAAUAAAUAAAAGAGGCACAUACUCAGUCAUUCAUGCACUCGUGCCAGAGCUUCUGUGUGUGUGAAAAAGAAAAUGUGAGGGGAAUCUUCUCAUAUAAAAGUUAGGGAGGGUGAAAGGGCAUUUUUUGUGUGUGUGACUGGAAGUCUUUAUUGUCCAUAAAAUAUUUUUUUUCGUUUUUUUGAAUAGCUUCCGCUUCUUUUAUACACACAAACAUCGUGACAGCAGUUCAAAAACAUUUUUAUUACCAGCCAAGUAUUUUAUAGCCAAUUAAUUUUUAAUUUAAUAGAACCACUUGAUUUUUUUUUUCUAAUCAAAACAAACUUGAGAAAACAAAAGAAAAAAGGUUUUUUGCUUUUAU